UCCUCAAAAACCUUAAUUUCUUUUCCACUGACGAAAGAAAGACAUGAACAUCUUGGAUGACAUGGGGGUGAGUAAAUUUAUCAGGAAAAGUGUAUUUAAAAGUGUACUAAUCCUUUAAGACAGAACUAUUUAGCUCAGGGUCAGAUCAUCAUUCACUAAAUAGACCGAUACUUAAAAUGUUGAGACUAAAUAUACCACCAUCAUAGUUUCUCAUAUUUGUCAUAAUAAAAUUAUAUUCUAUGGAUUUAUUGCAUACAGACAAUGUAGUGACCUGUCAAUUCACUUUUAUUUAUACAGAGCUUUUUAACUGUAUAUUCAUUGUUAUAGAGAGUGCCAUUAAAUAUAGCUAAUAUAAAGUGGGUUUUCACGAAAAAAUAAAAUAAAAAAAUAUAACUAAAAUCAGAACUGGGAAAUGCUGGAUAAAAAAAACUCCCAAUAAAUGUCCAAACAACCCAUAUGUAUACACAAUUAAUCAUUACAAGAUUGUGAUCUCAAUUCAAACUCAAAGGCGAUCUUAUUCCUAAAUGACAGUGAUUCUGUUUUGUCUAACCUAAAUUAUGAUAAAACGAUAUUUAAACUUUCGCGCUGCCUGUGGCUCUUCUCAUGCGAUAUGCCACGCUCAGCGGGUCCCGUGUCUGCAGCAGGGAUGCCCUCGGCCUGACCAAUGCCGAUCAGGAAGACCCGAGACGUGCUCUACACACUCCAUCAUCUCCUCGAUGCAGUAACUCCCGCUUUGAUCCAGACAGCAGUGGCUGUCUGACUACCUGGGACUCCAUUGGGAUCUGGGACAACCGCAUCGAUGAGCCCAUUAUGCUUCCGUCAAGUAUCCGCUAUGGUAAACUUAUUCCCAAAGUUUGUCUGACCAAGCUGGGCUGCGCCUCGCUGAUUGGUCAGCGGAAGGAGAACGAAGACCCCUAUCAACUAUCGCUGAUGAGGGACAACAUAAGGGCUUUUCACACUUGAAAUAGUUGACUCUGGGUCAUUCUAAACCCCUGGUAAACUGAAUCCUGGGUUAUCUUUAUUCACGUUUCACAAUGUUCAUACUAUACCUGGGGUUGACAGUAAAUCCUGGGUAAUCCUGGGUUAAAGUCCUUAGCUGCAUAUUUGUGGUGUCACUGUCACUGACUGGACAAACGCAGCACGUGACCUGUUUACAUAAAGGCCAAUUCACACCGCACCGACAAACGCCAACGAACAAGUUGGGCGCUGGAUUUCGAAUUCUAUGAGAAAAAACUGUCAUGUUCACACCGCCCCAACAAACACCGACCAACGAGUGACGUCUGACUGGGAAAAUUCCACAACUACACAAGUAACCAUGUUAACAAUAUGUCAGGUUAGUUUACUAUAUUAAUAAUAGUAUCAUUUUCAUUGUAUUAAAGUAUUGAGGCAAAACAAAAAUACUAACCUGAAAUCCGAAGCGCUGUAGCCAUCGAUCUGAUCGUAACCUGCGCUGCGGUUGGUAUACCGGUUUUUAAACUUUUUUUAGCGCGACCCUAUUUAUUAACGAGACCCAUAAGCAUAUACAACCAUGUAGCUAAACAAGUCAAAACGAAUUAUUAAAAAACGAAACUGAAGGUAAACCUGCGUUGCUCUCAUGGUGGUUAUAACGUUACGUUACCUCUCUCUUUCGGUGAAGUGGAGCAGCUGCUCUCGCUGAAUGGCACGGCUUGCACUAUGGACUGUUGUACCUUU